AACAUAACCUACAAAAUUUAUUAUCCAAAAUUAGUCGAUUUUACUAAUAACGAGAAAAUGGAUUCGAAUUCUACUAACUCUAAUACUAAUAAUAGACCUAACAGAAAACGGAAGAAGUCUUUCGUAAAAAACGCCCGCAAAUACGGCAAAAAAGGCCAGUACGGCAGAGGAUCUCAGCUGGAAGAAGACACCUACCACUACUUUGUGCGAAUAUUGGAAUCGUUCAAAGAAGGCUUCGAAUCCGAUGAGGACAAAAUCAUCUUCGCCAACAACGUGUUCGAACAAACAGACGCGAAAGAAGUCCAUUGCAGUUGCAACCAAGUGGGUUGUAGAGUAAUCGAAACCUUGCUGCCUUUCGCAAACGAUGAAGUUAUGAAAAAGUUCAUCGCGGCUUUCGGGGACGACUUGAGACAAUUGUGUAGCGACCGGUUCGCCAGCCACGUCUUGGAGUCCCUUGUCGUACAAAGUUGCUCCAGAGCGUUAGACGAUAAACAAGACAACGACUUGAGGAAUUACUACAAAGACUUCGCUAUGAAAGUUAGUAAAUUUUUGCUGAACAAUUUGGAAGACUUUAUUUGGGACACGUACGGAAAUCACAUCAUAAGAACGUGCUUGAUAAAUUUACUCCAAAUACCCAGCGGGAAGUUAAAUACGGAGAAGACCGAUGUUAAAAAAGAAUUACCCGAUGAGUUUGUUGAAAUUGUUAAAGAAUAUGGUCAAAGGAUUAUCUCUUGGCCGCAGUUUAAUGAGUUAUGUAUAACGGAUUUAACAUCCGGCUUUUUGCAAGAGUUAUUAAAGUGCCUGAAAAAAGUAGACUCAAAAUUGCUAAAAACGUAUUUAAAGAAAAUGUUAACGGAGGUAUUUACUACAGAGGAGGAUUCGAAAUCGCUACCUCCGGCAUUCGGUUCGCAGCCUAUCAUACUUUUAAUGGAAACAGCUUUGCAAAUUUCCAGUGAGAAGGUGUUUUCGAAACUUUAUAAGGCUUGCUUCGCAGGAAAUUUAGAGAAAUUAUCAACCACACGAAGCACUAAUUUCGCAGUACAAAGAUUAAUUCAAUACUGUAGCGUCAAAGAAGAUUUCGAAGCGACUUUUGACGAGCUAGCGGAGCAUUUUAAACGAAUAAUCGAAGUCGGUCAUUCGGGAAUUAUACUAGCACUGGCCGAAGCUUGUAAACGACAUUCCACGAAACAAGGAAGUUUCGUUCAGAAUUUAAUGAAAGCAUUCGAUUGCUUCGAACCGGAAGAAAGACAAAACGCUUUUGUGCUAUGUCUAAGCAGAUUCGUGGCUUUCGAGGAGAAUGCCAAGAAAUCCAACGAAAAUCUCCAAAAGGAAAAGUUAAAUUUACACGGUACUCUAAUACUACAGAAGAUCCUGGAUUACAAUAAACCGAUUAAAGUAGUAAAUGCUAUUUUGAAUUUAGACCAAACGGUUUUGUUAAAUUUAUUUUCCAACGUGAUGGGGAGUCACAUAGCGGAUUCGUACGUUAAAGGAACAUUUGUCGGUGAGAAGAGCAAGGAGCGGUUGGUUAGGAAGAUGAUGGGCGCUUACAGGGACUUGGCCUUUGGGAAACACGGUUCGAGGAGCUUCGAAGCCCUGUGGCAUGCCGCGAACAUGAAAUGCAAACUGCUAAUUAUGGACGAACUAUCGCACAAAGACGGCAGUUGGGUCAACUCUGAUUUUGGUAAGAUCAUUUCUCAAAAAAUCAAUUUUUCUACCUACAAGAGGAACAAAGAGGAUUGGAAAAAUUCGCUUAACAAUGGGAAUAAAUGCGAGGAAAUUUUUGCUGAUGUACUAAAAUAGUUUACGCAAUGUUAAUGUUACUUCUUAAAAAUAAUAAAAAUGUAUAGAUUUG